UUGCUGAGAAAGAAAGAGGGAGAGGGUUAUUCUGAGAGAGGUAUUUAUUUUUUUUACAUUCUGCUAGUAGGUAGGACAGUUACAGGGAACGCAGGCACUGGGCAGCUUUUUCACUGAUUGUCACAUGAAGAUGGGAUAUAUUGUUGCUUUGGUUGUGUUUCUACAGCUCUGCUUCUAUCCAGCACUUCAUGCUGUAGAGGAGGUAACAGCCCUCGUGGGACAAAAUGCCACCUUGGUCCCCAAUCCCAGUGUGACCAUAGAUGCAGGAUCAUGGAAUUUUAAGUCAGCUCUUGUGCUGUUGUUUUAUCCACCUAAUAACCUUAUUCUAACUCCAAGUUUUGAAAAUAAAUUGAUUUUUAACCGCACAGAUUAUUCACUGACGGUAAUUUCUGCCCAAAUUGCUGAUUCUGGAAAUUAUUCCUUUAAUGGUGCCUCACCCACUUAUCAUGAGACUUUCUCAUUAUCAGUCCAAGUGCCUGUGUCCAAUGUGUCCGUGACAGCGUCUGCUAUCAACGUGGUUCAGUCCCAAGAGGUCACUAUGGACUGCUCAGCCCAAGGUUCACCUCUUCACUUCCAGUGGAUCAACAAUACAGAGGUUGUGAAAGCCAGCAAUCGGAUUCAAUUUAGUAACGGUGGCAGCACCCUCAAGAUCGAACAAGUGUCUCGAUUUGACGUGGGGUCAUUUUUCUGCAAUGUGUCCAAUGACCUCAACCGUAUACAGAGCAGUCCAAUUGUUUUCAACAUAAGCUAUGGACCCAUUAACCUGAAGAUGGAGGUAUCCCCACAUGAAGUGGCAUAUAAGGCAGGGUCCAGUGUGAACCUCACCUGCUCUGCUGAGUCUGUACCUCCAGCUACAUACAAAUGGAUACGUAAUGGCGUUCCACAGAACAAGUUAGGCCCGCUCCUUACACUCACCGACAUAGAGGCAAGUACAGCUGUCGAGUACACGUGUGAGGCCCACAACCAUGCCACCUCAAGAAGCGAAGAAAUCUCAGCAGUACUACGAAUUAUUGAUCCAAUAACAGCUGUUGUGAUAAAAGAAGUGGCUGGACCCCCCAUAUUAAACAAGACAUUUACACUGAGCUGUGACGUGACUGGCCCUACGGACACUAUCCUAUGGAUGAUGGGCAACGACUAUUUUAAUCCUGAAGCUCAUGGGGCCGAGCUCUCUAAAGACAACAAGACAUUAACAUUCAGCUCAGUUGUCAAGUCAGACAAUGGGGCCUACACGUGCAUGGCCAGCAAUCAAGUUUCCAGCAAGACAAGCGCCAUGUACAAUCUCACCGUGAACUACGGACCCAUGAUGCCAACCAUUUCUGGAUCACCAUCCAUCAUAGCCACAGCAACCAACGUCAGUCUUACCUGCUACGCCGAUUCCAUGCCACCUGCAAACUACACCUGGAAAUUUGGUAUGAACACGGUGGCAGAAGGCUCAGUCUACAGAAUGAGCUCUGUUAGCAAAGACAAGAGUGGCAACUAUACUUGCUUGGCGAGUAAUGACAUCACCCGUGACACCAACACUGCCACCAAAGAGCUGACGGUCAUCGACCUUAUAACCUGGGCUGCUGUUGUGCCAAACAGCUCCCUGCCUGUCAACGGCAAGGGGCUCGUGCUAACCUGUGGGUCCGAUGGCACGGUGUACAACCGGACGUGGAAGAUGAAUGGCAUGCCGUUCACACCAAACAACCACACACACGUCUCCUCCGAUAAGAAGGUGCUGACCUUUGACCCCGUGAUGAGGUCAGAUGAUGGGUACUACACGUGCAUGGCCUCCAACCCUCUCAGCAACGCCACCAGCCCCGUGUUUGAUCUCGUAGUGAACUAUGGACCCAUGAUGCCUGUCAUCUCGGGUCCAACUGAUCCAGUUGCGACCGGCUCGAAAGUCAUGCUCAACUGUUCAGCACACUCCAUGCCGCCGAGCAAUUACACCUGGCUUUUCGUGGACACAAAUGGAGAGAUGAAAGUGGGAAAUCAAUGGAUGCACACCAUCGAAAAUGCCAGCCCCUCCAACAGUGGGCGCUAUGUCUGUGAGGCCAGUAAUGAUGUGACUGAAAAGACCAGCCGUGCUUCCACACAGGUAGAGGUCAUUGAUCCAAUAACGGCGGCCAUGGUGGAGUUGGUUGGCUGGCAACCCAUACUUGGCAACAUGUUCAAACUGUACUGCAAUGUGACCGGUGGACCGGUGCACUCCGUUGUCUGGCGCAAGAACAGCAGCGUCUUGCAUCCAAAUGACAGAAUCUCCUUCUCCGAUGACAACCAGACAUUGAUCUUCAGCCAUCUUAUGCACUCUGAUGACGGUGACUACGAGUGCACAGCAUCUAAUCCAGUGAGCAAUCGCACAAGCAAUGAGUUCAACCUGAAGGUUUUCUAUGGACCUGAGAAGAUGGAUAUUAUAGGUCCAACCAUCGCUGCUACCGGAUCUACCGUUAACCUCUCUUGCUCCGUUGCUUCCUGGCCUCCCAGUAAUAUUACUUGGCAAUUCAACGGCUCCGUUAUUGCGACGACUUGGGUGCUCAUGUUGCCGUCAGUCAAUCCAUCUGACAGCGGAGAGUACACCUGCACAGCACACAACUAUAGGACAGACAUCACCAAAUCUGUCAACGAGACGCUAAUAGUCAUUGACAUCAUCGAAGAGGUUAUAGUGACGGAAGCCGACGGCCCCCCUGUGCUGGACAAAACCUUUGCCCUUAACUGUUUUAUUUUGCCAUCCGGUGACAUAUAUCUACACGAGGUCUCCAUUCAUUGGAUGAAGAAUGGAGAAUAUCUGCAUCCAAACAGCCGGAUGUUAAUCUCCAAUGGCAAUCUGACCCUUACAUUUAACCCAGUUGAGAUGUCUGACGAUGGCAAUUACACGUGUUUUGCCAUGAAUCCUGUGAGCAACAAAACCAGUGCUGAGUACCAUCUUUUGGUGAACUAUGGUCCAUGGAAUACCACUAUUGCGGUGCCAUCGGUGGAACCAGCUGGAGCAGACGUUACUCUUAACUGCUCUGCUGAGUCCCAGCCGCCCAGUAUCUUCACAUGGCACUUCAAGGGUAUCAAGAUGGAAACAGAGGGCGCUCACUUGAUGCUGACCAAUCUCACACAUGCGGAUGAGGGCCAAUAUACCUGCAAGGCACACAACAAUGUGACGGGCCUGAACGAUUCAGCCUCUGCAUCCCUAGAAGUCAUCUCCCGUCUGACAGAAGUUGAAGUCGUUGAUGACUAUCAGAAGCCAAUACGUGGUCAGAUGUUCAGUGUAAGCUGUACCGGCAACAGCGAGAUCUCUUCUAUCUACUGGAUGAAGGACGGCAUGAUGCUAAAUUACAGCAGCAGUGUGGAGUUUUCAGAGGACAACGUUACCAUGACGAUAGAGUCUUUGACACUCGAGGACGAUGGAAUGUAUACUUGCACUGCCCUCAAUAAAGUCAGCGAAAAGACCAGCCCUCCAUACAACCUCGAAGUGAACUUUGGGCCAGAAGAUGUCAACAUUUCUGGACCUGCUCUAGCUGAGACGGGGGAGGAGGUGGUGUUCAACUGCAGUGCCUCCUCGUGGCCCGCCAGUGUCUUCAGCUGGUACUUCAACGGUGAACUGGUGGCAAACGACUCCUCCCAGUAUAUCACCCCUCCGCUCUCUCUGGAGGAUGCUGGGAACUACACGUGCAUGGCCUACAACAACGUCACAAAUAUGAGCAGCUCCGAUUCAAUGGCCAUGAGAGUUCUGGAGACUCCAGUCGUAAAAUUGAGGCACAAGCCUGCUAUUCCAAUGAACAAUGACGACUUCUCUCUCUUCUGUGACGUCGAGGGACCGUACGACAGCAUCAAAUGGAUAAGGAACAGCCGACCUCUUGUUUUCAACAACACCAUGACACCCGUAAAUACAACUGAACUGAAGUUCAGACCACUCACCAUCGCCAAUGAUGGAAUCUACCAGUGUGAGGUCGCAAACAUCUUAAAAAGGCAUAUGAGUGAGCCCUACGAGCUCCUUGCCAGCUAUGGCCCAAGUCACGUGAAAAUCUACAUGACAGCGGAAAAUCCAGUGAUUCUUGAAUGUGUGGCGAAGUCCCAGCCUCCUAGCAUGUUUGAGUGGCGCAGAGAUGGCAAAGUGGAAGGAGAGGGCAAUGUGAUUGCUAUCCCCGUCCUCGAUGCACUUCUGAGCCGCAAUAUCACAUGCCAAGCCAAAAACCCUCUGACCAAUGUCACUGUUGCUGCCACUUUUUACGUACCAGAUAUUGAUUCGGGCUCUCCUCUUCAGUGUCGAGUUGACUUGACUCUGACAGUUGUGCUGGCUCUUUCCCUCUCCCUUCUUGGUAACUGGUUUUACUGAAACCAGUACACAAAACGACCCCCCGGUCCACACUUGGCACUCCCAAACAAUAUAAUCAUUUUUACUGUAUGUCAGACUGGACAUUGAUGAGGUGUGUGUCUUGCAAUAUUUUGAUUUAAUCGCAAGUGAUUGUAAAUGAGUUAUUAAUGCAUGCUGCCUCAGAGUUCGGUCAGAAAGACAUGGCUGUUAUGCCAAAACAUGUGAAUGCCUGUACAAAACAAGAAAAUAUAUAUGAAGAGUUGAGUUGCAAAAACCCUCUAAGUACAUUUGUCAAGAAUCUAAAAAAAUGGCUAUAUUUCUGUUCAAAAAGAGGAGUCCAACUUUUCUUAAUUUUUGCUUGCAUUGUUGUACUUGGUAAUACAAAAUCUACCUUACUGCUCUUUUUAGAUGGGUUAUAUUUUUUAUUGAUGAAUUCCUACAAAAUUUCUGAUAAUGUGCUUAGAGGUUUUUACAUCUAGAGUCUUCAUAUAUUACGCAUAAAUUAAAAUCUGAAAUAUAUUUUAUUCA